UCCCCCUAGCUAGCUAACCUCUUCCUCAUGUCACUCAUCACCAAAACCAACUCUCCUACAUAUAUAGUACAAUAAUAAAAUGAAGUCUUUUCAACGUUGUGUAUGUGUUUUCCUUUCCUUGUCGUCGUUCCUCCCCUUCAUAGCCUUUUCAUCAACUCCCCCUUUUCCGGCGAUAACCGGCAUCGACGGAAAGGAGCUCAAGGUCGGCGAGCCUUACUAUGUGUUCUCCACUAUCUUCCCCAAAAUAGACGGAUUAUGCCUGGUGGACUCUGUGAUGGGACCCAAUGAAAUCGUCCAAUGCCCCUUGCUCUACAAUACCGACCACCGUGGCCUGCUCGUCACCUUCUCCGCCGCCAACCAGACGGCGGAGGACACCGUCGUCCGAGAGAGCAUUCCGUACCGCAUCCAGUUCUCCGACGCCGGAAAUGGUAGUAACGGAAACUUCUGGCACAUCAAGAAUCGCGGAAACCCUUGGGUGGAUUACGUGGAAAUAGGCCCCGAAACUGUCGCCGUGGAAUUUGUGAUGAAGAAAGUGUUUCUGGGCUACAAGAUUCUUUAUUGCGUAAUUAUUCCAAUUCCGACGUUUCCCAUAUGCUACAGCUUUGGAUUCAUAGAGGAAUUUGGACUUAAUCGCUUGGGUUUCGGCGUGGGUGUGAAUCCAGUUCUAUUUUUCUUCGCCAAUGUCACUACUAAUUCCACCACUUCCAUCCACAACCUGCCUGCACCUAUCUUUUAGCAAUAUAUAUAUAUAUAUGUACGUGGCAUGCAUCCGUUAAUUUUAGAU